AUGUCGCUGCUCUGCGUCGGAGUUAAAAAGGCCAAAUAUGAUGGGCCCCAAGAGAAGUUUAACACUUACGUGACUCUGAAGGUACAAAAUGUCAAGAGCACGACCAUAGCGGUGCGGGGCAACCUGCCCUCCUGGGAGCAGGACUUCAUGUUUGAGAUCAACCGGCUGGACUUGGGCCUGACUGUGGAGGUGUGGAACAAGGGGCUCAUCUGGGACACCAUGGUGGGCACGGUGUGGAUCCCCCUCCGGACCAUCAGGCAGUCCAAUGAGGAGGGCCCUGGGGAAUGGCUCACGCUCGACUCCCAGGUCAUCAUGACAGACAACGAGAUUUCAGGCACCAAGGAUCCGACUUUCCACCGCAUCCUCCUUGACACUCGCUUUGAGCUGCCGCUGGAUAUCCCUGAGGAGGAGGCCAGGUACUGGGCCAAGAAACUGGAGCAGCUCAAUGCAAUGCGGGACCAGGAUGAUUAUGCCUUCCAGGAGGAGCAGGAAAAGCCUCUGCCUGUGCAUGGCUCGCAGUGCUGCAACUGGAAUUAUUUUGGCUGGGGAGAACAGCAGAAUGAUGACCCUGACAGUACCGUGGACGACCGGGACAGUGACUACCGCAGCGAGACCAGCAACAGCAUCCCCCCACCCUACUACACCACGUCCCAGCCCAACGCCUCCGUGCACCAGUACCCCAUGAGGCAUCAGCAGCAGAGCUCCCGUGACUCCUACACUGACUCCAUGCAGAGCUACGAGAUGGACUACUCGGACCAGGCUCCCAUCAGACGCUAUGGUAGCGUAGACUCUGCCGCAAACGGACGCAGCGACGCUGAGUCCGGUUCUGAGUCGAGCAGGCGGACCAGCCGCCAGCCUUCCCUUGAGAGCAGGCGGUCCCUAGACCUAUCGGAUAGCCCCACAGGGAGCAGCCGCUACGCCUCCUCGGCCGAGCUGAGCCAGGGCAGCUCCCAGCUGAGCGAGGACUUCGAGAACGAGAGCCUGAGGGACUCGGAGCUGGACGAGAGGGACGGGGACUCCUACCACUCCUGCCACAGCUCCGUCAGCUACCGCAAGGACUCGCCACGCUGGGAGGAGGAGGAUGAUGAUGAUCUCUACCUGGAGGAGGAGGAGGAAGAGUUCAUUGAGGACUACACCCCUGAGGCCCUCCAGGCCCAGCAGGCAGAGGAGGAAGUUUCCAUGCAAGAGGCAGCCCCAGAGACUGAGCCCCCAAAACCGGCUGAGAGGGAGCCGGCAGAAGAGGAGGUGCAGGACCCCAAAGCACGAGCCAAAGCCAACUGGCUGAGAGCCUUCAACAAGGUCUGCAUGCAGCUGCAGGAGGCCCGCGGGGAAGGUGAUGGAGAAAAAUCCCUGUGGUUCAAAGGCGGGCCUGGUGGUGGGCUGAUCAUUAUAGACAGCAUGCCGGACAUUCGCAAGCGAAAACCCAUCCCCCUAGUUAGCGAUUUGGCCAUGUCCCUGGUCCAGUCCAGGAAAGCAGGAAUCACGUCCGCACUGGCCUCAAGCACCUUGAACAAUGAGGAGCUGAAAAACCAUGUUUACAAGAAGACCCUGCAAGCCUUAGUGUACCCCAUCUCCUGCACAACGCCCCACAACUUCGAGGUGUGGACGGCCACCACCCCCACCUACUGCUACGAGUGUGAGGGGCUGCUGUGGGGCAUCGCCCGGCAGGGCAUGCGCUGCGCCGAGUGCGGCGUCAAGUGCCAUGAGAAGUGCCAGGACCUGCUCAACGCCGACUGCCUGCAGAGGGCGGCGGAGAAGAGCUCCAAGCAUGGAGCAGAGGACCGGACCCAGAACAUCAUCAUGGUGCUCAAGGACCGCAUGAAGAUCCGGGAGCGCAACAAACCAGAGAUAUUUGAGCUGAUCCAGGAGGUGUUUGGGGUCAACAAGACCACGCACACACAGCAGAUGAAGGCAGUCAAGCAGAGUGUCCUGGAUGGCACCUCCAAAUGGUCAGCCAAGAUCAGCAUCACGGUGGUCUGUGCCCAGGGCCUGCAAGCAAAGGAUAAGACAGGUUCCAGUGACCCCUAUGUCACUGUCCAGGUUGGAAAGACAAAAAAAAGGACUAAAACUAUCUACGGCAAUCUCAAUCCAGUCUGGGAGGAGAAUUUCCAUUUCGAGUGCCAUAACUCCUCUGACCGCAUCAAGGUCCGUGUGUGGGACGAGGAUGAUGACAUCAAGUCCCGUGUCAAGCAGCGCUUCAAGAGGGAAUCUGAUGACUUCCUGGGCCAGACCAUCAUCGAGGUCCGGACCCUGAGCGGGGAGAUGGACGUCUGGUACAACCUCGACAAGCGCACAGACAAGUCAGCAGUGUCGGGAGCCAUCCGGCUGCACAUCAGCGUGGAGAUCAAGGGCGAGGAGAAGGUGGCUCCCUACCAUGUUCAGUACACCUGCCUGCAUGAGAACCUGUUCCACUUUGUGACGGAUUUGCAAAACAACGGGGUGGUGAAAAUCCCUGAUGCCAAAGGGGAUGAUGCGUGGAAGGUGUACUUUGAUGAGACAGCACAGGAGAUCGUGGAUGAGUUUGCCAUGCGCUAUGGGGUGGAGUCCAUCUACCAGGCCAUGACGCAUUUUGCCUGCCUCUCCUCCAAGUACAUGUGUCCCGGUGUGCCGGCGGUGAUGAGCACCCUGCUGGCCAACAUCAACGCCUACUACGCCCACACCACCGCCUCCAGCAACGCCAACGCCUCCGACCGCUUUGCCGCCUCCAAUUUCGGGAAAGAUCGCUUUGUCAAACUCCUGGACCAGCUACACAACUCCCUGCGCAUCGACCUCUCCAUGUACCGGAACAACUUCCCUGCCAGCAGCCCUGAACGGCUGCAGGACUUGAAGUCCACAGUGGAUUUGCUGACCAGCAUCACCUUCUUUCGGAUGAAGGUCCAGGAGCUGCAGAGCCCCCCACGAGCCAGCCAGGUGGUGAAGGACUGUGUGAAGGCCUGUCUCAACUCCACCUAUGAGUACAUCUUCAACAACUGCCAUGAGCUCUACAGCCGCGAGUACCAGACAGACCCGACUAAGAAAGGCGAGGUGCCCCCUGAGGAGCAGGGUCCCAGCAUCAAAAACCUGGAUUUCUGGUCCAAGCUCAUCACCCUGAUUGUCUCCAUUAUCGAGGAAGACAAGAACUCCUACACACCCUGCCUGAACCAGUUCCCCCAGGAACUGAAUGUGGGGAAGAUCAGUGCUGAGGUGAUGUGGAACCUCUUUGCUCAGGACAUGAAGUAUGCGAUGGAGGAGCAUGAGAAGCACCGGCUGUGCAAGAGCGCAGACUACAUGAACCUGCACUUCAAGGUGAAGUGGCUGUACAACGAGUACGUCACCGAGCUGCCCUCCUUCAAGAGCCGUGUGCCCGAGUACCCUGCCUGGUUCGAGCCUUUUGUCAUCCAGUGGCUGGAUGAGAACGAAGAGGUGUCACGGGAUUUCCUGCACGGAGCACUGGAGCGGGACAAGAAGGAUGGGUUCCAGCAGACCUCGGAGCAUGCGCUCUUCUCCUGCUCUGUGGUGGACGUUUUCUCCCAGCUCAACCAGAGCUUUGAGAUCAUCAAGAAGCUGGAGUGCCCCGAUCCCCAGAUUGUGGGGCACUACAUGCGACGGUUUGCCAAGACCAUCAGCAAUGUGCUGCUCCAGUACGCUGAGAUCAUCUCCAAGGAUUUUGCCUCGUACUGCUCCAAGGAGAAAGAGAAAGUGCCCUGCAUCCUGAUGAACAACAUCCAGCAGCUCCGUGUCCAGCUUGAGAAGAUGUUUGAAGCCAUGGGUGGGAAGGAUCUGGACACAGAAGCCAGUGAUAUCCUCAAGGAACUGCAGGUGAAACUUAACAAUGUCCUGGAUGAUCUGAGCCGAGUCUUUGCCACCAGUUUCCAGCCACACAUUGAGGAGUGUGUGAAGCAGAUGGGUGACAUCCUGAGCCAGGUGAAGGGCACCGGCAACGUCCCCGCCAGCACCUGCAGCAGCGUCGCGCAGGACGCUGACAAUGUCCUGCAGCCCAUCAUGGACCUGCUGGACAGCAACCUGACGCUCUUUGCCAAGAUCUGCGAGAAGACGGUGCUGAAGCGGGUGCUGAAGGAGCUCUGGAAGCUGGUGAUGAACACCAUGGAGAAGACCAUCGUCCUACCCCCACUCACAGACCAGACGAUGAUUGGCACGCUCUUGAGAAAACAUGGCAAGGGGACAGAGAAGAGCAGGGUGAAGCUGCCCAGUCACACUGAAGGCACACAGAUGAUUUUCAACGCGGCCAAGGAGCUGGGGCAGCUUUCCAAGCUGAAGGACCACAUGGUGCGUGAGGAAGCUAAGAGCCUGACCCCGAAGCAGUGUGCUGUGGUGGAGCUGGCACUGGACACCAUCAAGCAAUACUUCCAUGCCGGUGGUGUGGGGCUGAAGAAAACCUUCCUGGAGAAGAGCCCUGACCUGCAGUCACUGCGCUACGCCCUGUCCCUCUACACCCAGGCCACCGAUCUCCUCAUCAAAACCUUCGUGCAGACCCAGUCGUCGCAGGUUCAUGGUGGGAAAGGGAUUAGGUUUACCCUUAGUGAAGAGGUUUAUCCUGAGAAGGGCUCUGGUGUGGAUGACCCCGUUGGGGAGGUGUCUAUCCACGUGGAGCUCUUGACCCACCCCAGCAGUGGCGAGCACAAAGUCACCGUCAAAGUGGUGGCUGCCAAUGACCUCAAGUGGCAGACCUCGGGCAUCUUCCGGCCCUUCAUCGAGGUCAACAUCAUCGGGCCCCACCUCAGUGACAAGAAGAGAAAAUUUGCCACCAAAUCCAAGAACAACAGCUGGGCCCCCAAGUACAACGAGAGCUUCCAGUUCACGCUGGGGACCGAGACAGGCCCCGAGUGCUACGAGCUGCAGGUGUGUGUGAAGGAUUACUGCUUCGCCCGGGAGGACCGCACCGUGGGCAUCGCCGUGCUGCAGCUCCGGGACAUCCUGCAGCGCCCCGGCUGCGCCUGCUGGCUGCCCCUGGGCCGCCGCAUCCACAUGGACGACACCGGGCUCACCGUGCUCCGCAUCCUCUCCCAGCGCAACAACGACGAGGUGGCCAAGGAGUUUGUCAAGCUCAAGUCGGACACGCGCUCGGCCGAGGAGGGCAGCAGUUAA